CUCACGUGUAGGUCAACUAUUGACACAUUACACGAUCUUCGCCUACAAACAGGCGGCCCACGCACUCACAAACUCGCCCCUCAGAACUGGACAAGAGAGCACGCCCUACCCCAGUGUGAGGGUACCGCCCCUACCAACCGCCUCAUAUCCAUCAUUUGGCUGAUGACAACACACAAACCAGUAAUGUACAGCUGUGAUUACCCCCCCAGCCCCCAUGACAGCAUGAGCACCAACCACAGCACGACACACACCCGUCACCGGCCUUGGGGCCCAGGCGGGAAACCGGCAGGUAUUCUGCUGCCCGGCGUGAGCACAGGCCUCGUGUACUGGCCGUUCUCGAUCCGCCACUGCAGGCCCAUGUUGCCUGGCGGAGGCGUCACACCUAUCCCAUCAAAGCCGAACAAGCGGAUGAAGGGAAAACCCUGCUCGGUGCCCGGCAAGAGGCUGCCGAUGGUCACUCGGGAGGGGUCGUAUAUGGCAUAUUCCGUCUUGCCGCCUCGGUGGCACAUGGCCGAGUCGUAGCCCUCUCGCUGCAGCCGCUCCCGUGUCAGAGACGAGCCGCCACGAUCAGGCAUCAGCUUCACACGGCCUGGACGUACCUGCACGUGACGACUAGAAGCAUUGCAAGAGUCUCCCCUCUCGCUGCUUGCACUGACCACUGACCUGACAAGCGAUGAUGACGCCGUGUCGGCGUGCUUUCCCGACCGUCAAGCGGUGGUCAUCGGUGAAGUAGAUGGCCUUGCCAAUCAGAUUGUUGCUGCCGCUCGGCUGCAGACCGCCCCCUGACACACACAACAGUGUGCAGAAAACCAACGCACGUCAAGAUCUGGACGCACACGUGCGUGGGUGUACCUCGAAUGAUGGCCCCAUAGCUGGCGAUGUCUGUCUCGUGGAAGAGCGUCAUGACGAGGCUGGGCUGACGCGGGCAGUCUCUUGAGCGGUGGCUGCUGUCCUCAGAGAGGCAGAUGCGGCAGCGGUGGGUCGAAUGCUGCUCGUGGCAUCCAGCUGCUCGGCAACGAGGCAUGCUUCAGAUCCUCUGAGAGAGAGAGGGAGAGAGGGGGACGCAGAUCUUGGCUGCCUUCUCGCAGCCUCGCAACCGCAUCCACAAGAGAAACAUGAGGCAUCCAUCCAGUGAAGCAAAUACAUAGCAAUCAGCGCCUGUCCUUACCGAUGGUGCUGCAAACUCAGCCUUUUUUCGGCCGAGC